AAAUGAUGCUCAGAGAUGUUGGCACAGCUCCUCCUGAGUUGUAUUUACUGCAGUGAGGAGCAAAGUCCACGCAGCUGUGGAUGCAGUUUACAGGUGAUUGCACUUAGUAAGAGAAGCAGUAAGGAGGCUGAGACGGCUUUCCUGAGCAUUUACAAGCAAUUCCUCGAAGCUCCAGACCCUGCUCCUGUGCUGGAGGCUGCCCGGAGCCUGGAGGACCGGCUGCAGCAGCUCCAGCGCCUCGAGCCCGAACCUCCCCCUCUGAAGGACCUCAGCUGUCCCUGGAAGAAGCACCCGGAGCUCGCCAACACCAAAGAGCACAGAGAGGGGCCAGCGCCAGCGGCCCCGCUCCCCGGCAUCAACGGCAAAGCACCGUGCACAGAGGCUUUGCUGCAGAGAAAUGACUCAGAGAAGCAAAAGGGGCUGCAGGAAGCACAGGUCACUUUGGCUGCUCGGCUGGGGGAGGCAGAGGAGAAGAUCAAAGUGCUCCACGCAGCGCUGAAGGCCACCCAGACAGAGCUGCUGGAGCUGCGCUGUAAAUACGACGAGGAAGCUGCGUCCAAGGCAGACGAAGUAGCCAUGAUCAUGACAAACCUUGAAAAAGCCAACCAGCGAGCGGAGGCGGCGCAGAGGGAGGUGGAGAGCUUGAGGGAGCAGCUGGCAGCCGUAAACAGCUCCCUCCGCCUGGCCUGCUGCUCCCCACCCGGCGCUGCUGGGGACAAAGUGAACUAUUCCAUGUGCUCAGGGUCGAGGCUGGAGACAGCUCUGGCUGCCAAGGACCGGGAGAUCCUGCGGCUCCUGAAGGAUGUCCAGCAUCUCCAGAGCUCGCUGCAGGAGCUGGAGGAGUCUUCUGCCAACCAGAUUGCCGAGCUGGAGGGGCAGCUGGCUGCCAAGAACGAGGCCAUCGAGAAGCUGGAGGAGAAGCUGCAGGCACAGGCGGACUACGAGGAGAUCAAAACGGAGCUGAGCAUCCUGAAGGCGAUGAAGGUGGCCUCUGCCAGCUGCAGCCUCCCCCAGGCAAGUGCCGCGGCGCGUGCCGACACGCUCGCUGGGCUGUGGCACGCGUGCCAGCCCUGCCGCCGGUGCCCACGCCGCCCCAUCCCAUCUCGGCUUGGCUCCUUGCAGAGCAUAUCGAAGGCAGAGGAGGCCCUGCUGCUGGGGAAGGAGGCUUUCUACCCCUCCCAGAAGUACCUGCUGGAGAAGCCCAACCUGCUGGCCAGCACUGAGGAAGAUCACUCCGAAGACGAGUCGGGGAAGGAGUCGUUGGGCAUGGAGCAGCCGUACCCAUCCCCCCAGCACGCCCCUGCAGACGAACCCACCUCUCCCACUCCCCUCCCGCCCCUGCCCGGCCCUGGCCUGGCCCCCGACGGCCCGCGGACUUUCCCGCUGUCCCCGUUCCCAGGGGGCGAGCAGCUUUCGGGGGACUCCAAGACCCCCCAGCUCCCACCACCCACCUACAAGAGCGAGAGCGUUGUUGGGGGGCCGCCCUUCCCUUCCACCUUCUUUGGGGCCAAGAGCGGGGCCGUGCCCGGCAGCACCGCGCCGGCCGCCAGCCCUCCCAGCGAGCCGGCCGAGGGCAGCGCCGGCGGCCCCGGCGACGAGGAGCAACUGGACACAGCCGAAAUCGCCUUCCAGGUGAAAGAGCAGCUGCUGAAGCACAACAUCGGGCAGAGGGUUUUCGGGCAUUACGUGCUGGGGCUGUCACAGGGCUCCGUCAGCGAGAUCCUGGCCCGGCCCAAGCCUUGGCGCAAGCUGACAGUGAAGGGCAAGGAGCCGUUCAUCAAGAUGAAGCAGUUCCUGUCCGACGAGCAGAACGUGCUGGCCCUGAGGACUAUCCAGGUGCGCCAGAGAGGUAGCAUCACACCACGCAUCAGGACGCCCGAGACCGGCUCUGACGAUGCCAUCAAAAGCAUCCUGGAGCAGGCAAAGAAGGAGAUUGAGUCGCAGAAGGGAGGGGAAACCAAAACGCCGUCGUCAUCGGCGGCGGUGGCCAACGGGGCGGGCAGCAGCAGCUCCGAGGAUGCCAUCAAGAGCAUCCUGGAGCAGGCGCGGCGGGAGAUGCAGGCGCAGCAGCAGGCGCUGCUGGAGAUGGAGGCAGGGGCCAGCGGGCGGCCCGGGGACACGCCGCCCGCCGAGCGCUCCACGCUGGCUGCCGUCAGCCAGAACAUCGUCCCCACCUACGUGAAGCAGGAGGAGGGGAGCGGGGCGAGCCCCGGCCCCCCGCAGACCCCCCUGGCCGUCCUCUCACCGGCCGCUUUUGUCCAGAGCAUCAUCCGGAAGGUGAAGUCGGAGAUCGGCGACGCCGGCUCUUACUUCGACCAGCACUGGGCGUCGGAGCGGAGCCUGCUCAGCCGACCCUACACCUCUGUCUCGCCUUCGCUUUCCUCCUCCUCCUCGAGCUACUCCAGCAUGGCCAACGGCCGGGGCUGGCCACGGGGAGAGCCGGGCGAGGGUGGCACCAACGAGGACGAGCUGCCGCCAGCGGACGACGAGCCGCAGCGGCUGCCGGAGAUGAAGGCGGAGGGAGGCGGCACGGAGCCGGCAGCCAGCGGCCGUCUCCCCUACUACCCUGCCUACGUGCCACGGACCCUGAAGCCCACCGUGCCGCCACUGACGCCGGAGCAGUAUGAGAUGUACAUGUACAGGGAGGUGGACACGCUGGAGCUGACCCGCCAAGUCAAGGAGAAGUUGGCCAAGAACGGUAUCUGCCAGAGGAUCUUCGGAGAGAAGGUGCUGGGGCUGUCCCAGGGCAGCGUGAGCGACAUGCUGUCGCGGCCCAAGCCGUGGAGCAAGCUGACACAGAAGGGUCGGGAGCCCUUCAUCCGCAUGCAGCUCUGGCUGACCGACCAGCUGGGCCAAGGCAUCAGCCAGCAGCCAACACCUUCCCAGGCCAGCCCGGCGGAGCCCCAGCCGUCCCCCUCGCCGCCCCCCAGCCCCACCGAGCACGACAAGGGCUGCCAGGAGCCCCUCACCUUGGCCUUGGAGAGCAGCAAAGAAAACCAGCAGCCCGAGAGCCGGUCCACGCCAGCUCUGAGCGGCAAGACGUACCCCAACAGCCAGGGAGCCGUGGGCAUCCAGGAGAUCGUCGCCAUGUCCCCCGAGCUGGACACCUACUCCAUCACCAAGAAGGUCAAGGAGGUCUUGACGGACAACAAUUUAGGCCAGCGGCUGUUUGGGGAGAGCAUCCUGGGCCUGACGCAGGGCUCGGUGUCCGAUCUCCUCUCCAGGCCCAAGCCGUGGCACAAGCUGAGCCUGAAGGGGAGGGAGCCCUUCGUCCGCAUGCAGCUCUGGCUCAACGACCCCCACAACGUGGAGAAGCUGCGCGACAUGAAGAAGCUGGAGAAGAAAGCCUACCUGAAGCGGCGAUACGGGCUGAUGAGCGCCGGCUCCGACAGCGAGUCCCCCGGUGCCCGCUCCGAGUGCGCCAGCCCCGGCCUGCAGCCGCAGGACCUCAGCCUGCUCCAGAUCAAGAAGCCCCGGGUGGUGCUGGCCCCGGAGGAGAAGGAAGCCCUGAAGAAAGCUUACCAGCUGGAGCCCUAUCCCUCCCAGCAGACCAUCGAGCUGCUCUCCUUCCAGCUCAACCUCAAGACCAACACCGUCAUCAACUGGUUCCACAACUACAGGUCGCGGAUGCGCCGGGAGAUGCUGGUGGAGGGCACGCAGGAUGACACGGACCCGGAGCAGAGUGCUGGGGUGGGCAACCCCGGGCGCCGGGCCCCCCACAGCCCCGACUCGGAGGCCGAGGACCGUAAAGCCGCGUGUGGGGGGAGCGAACCGGCCUGUGCCGCCGCGCCCGUGAAGGUGAAGCAGGAGCAGGGGGAGGCGGGCGGCUGGAGCCGCCGGCGGGACUCGCGCAGCCCGGCCGGGGCGGCCGAAGGGACCGGCCCUCCCCAGGAGGAGCGGGGAGCAGCCCCCCACACCGCCACCACCCCCGGCGCCGGCAGCCUCCAGCGGCGGGGAGGCCGCACGGGUGUUACGGCCGGGGGACCGCCGCCACCGCACCCCGACAGCUCCCAGUCCUCCGCCGGCUCAUCCCGUUGCAGCUUGGAGGUCUCCCCGACGUCCCCCUCAGCAGCAUCCUCACCCGGCCUCACCGGCUCGGCCUCCCCGGGGCCAUCCUCCGCCGGGCCGGUCUCACCGGCCUUGCCGCCGGCUCCCGGCCCGCGGCUCAGCACCAGCGUCCAGCGGCGCCACGAGAAGAUGGCCAACCUCAACAACAUCAUCCAUCGCCUGGAGCGGGCUGCCAACCGGGAGGAGGCCCUGGAGUGGGAGUUCUGAGCCUCCCCACACCCCAACCCCACCACCCUAAAUCUAUACAUCCCCACUAUACAUAUAUAUAUAUCUAUUUUGUUAAACACAGCGAGAGGCGGCCGGCGCCACGGAGGGAGAGCACCCGUGUGGAAAGGGGACAGAGGGGGAAGCCCCCCGCUACAAAGCUCCCCCCAUCCUGCCCUGGCUUUGUUUUAAAUGUGAAGAACUGGGAACAAUUUUAGAAAAGAAAAAGAAAACACACAAAAAAAAACCCACCACAAAAAAUAUUUAUAGACCUCUUUUAGAUAUUUUAAUAAAAGGAUACUUUGGAAUUUAUUAACAGCUCAAGAGCUGCUUUGAUAUUAAAGAUAGCUAUAAAAUCAAGAUGAUGUAGCAGUCGUGUCAUUAAAUGUACACUGAAGUCUUGUAGUUUGCCACUGGAUGAGAUUAAACAAAAAAACCAAACCAAGAAACCCCCCUCACAGAAAGGACUUUUUGAGCAAAGCCAUCGAGAAGCACUAUGAGACUGACCCAAUGUAAGAAACCUCUUGCCGAGCGUCUCCCACCUCUGUCUGUAAGACACUGCAUCGCUUCUGCCUCAGCCAGAGACUGCCUCAUAGUCCCUGAAGACUCUAAAGAGAAAACCUUUGAUGCCAUCAAGUAUGUAUUUAGUUCUGGUGGUUUAUGUUUUUUGGAAAUCUUUGUAACACAGAAACUGUCCCGUGCGGUUGUGUAUGUUGUAGAAAUGUCUGCAAUAGCCUUCUGGAACAAGAUGUAGCAUGGUCUGAAACGCCGUCCCUCGCGCUUCCUUCCAGCUGCCAGCCCCGCUGCAGCUCCUGGCAGCUCCCAGAGGGAGAGGGAAAAGAGGGCAAAAGCAAAGAGAGAAACCCGUGCCUGUGGUUUUGGGAGUGAGAUGGGGAGAGGUGCCCAGCUGGGUGUGGUGCUGGGGGAUGGCUCCGGCUCACUAGGGAGGAAUGUCUGUGGGAUCCCAGUUCCCCGUGGUCUGGGGAGCUCUGCCCAUGGGCAGCAGUGCUUGGGGGUGAGCACACAGAAAUCAGGAGCCACUGGCUCAUGGCGAGGGGCUGAACCCUGCCAGGGGCUGCUCUCAGCAUCACAGCCAGCUCUCGUGGCUCAAGCACUUUGUUUUUAGGGAGAGCACCCCCUUGCCAUGGCCACAUCCCCUUGCCAUGGCCACAUCCCCAGGUGAAGCUGGGACGAGCCUUGGAGUGUCAUGCCAAGAUCCUGCCUGAACUGGGCAAGCUCAGACCUGAAUUGGGCAAAGCACCAUUGAGUUUGAUCUUUCCAGGGCUGAUCUUGUGCAAAGGUCUGGGAGCUCAGUGGUGGCAGCAUCCCAGAGCUCUCCCCGACCUCACCGCUGCCAGUCAGCCUCUGCCAACACAAAGCCUUUAAACAACAUGGGGUGGCUCCUGUCCCAUUGCCCCACAGCAUCAGCCACCCAGGCCACCCUCCUCAUGGUGGCCCCCUGCCAGGCUC